GCAACAUGCGCCCCGCGCCGGCCCUGGUCGCGCUCUGCCUGCUCGCGCUGCCCGCUGCCGCCGCCGCCGCCUACUUCGGCUUGACUGGGCGGGAGGUGCUAACAUCCUUCCCAGGGCUGGGCACCGAGGUGGCCCCAACACAGGGCAGUGCCCACCUGAAGCAGUGUGACCUGCUGAAGCUGUCCCGCCGGCAGAAACAGCUGUGCAGGCGGGAACCUGGCCUGGCUGAGACCCUGCGGGAUGCAGCACACCUUAGCCUGAUGGAGUGUCAGUUCCAGUUCCGGCAGGAGCGCUGGAAUUGCAGCCUGGAGGGAAGGACUGGCCUGCUCAAGAGAGGUUUCAAGGAGACAGCCUUCCUGUAUGCAAUGUCUGCAGCUGCCCUCACCCAUGCACUGGCCCGGGCUUGCAGUGCUGGGCGCAUGGAGCGCUGCACCUGCGAUGACUCCCCAGGCCUGGAAAGCCGGCAGGCUUGGCAAUGGGGCGUGUGUGGUGACAACCUCAGGUAUAGCACCAAAUUCCUGAGCAACUUCCUGGGACCCAAGAGAGGAAGCAAAGACCUGCGGGCUCGGGCUGAUGCUCACAACACCCAUGUGGGCAUUAAGGCUGUGAAGAAUGGCCUCAGGACCACCUGCAAAUGCCAUGGAGUAUCAGGAUCCUGUGCUGUACGCACCUGCUGGAAGCAGCUCUCCCCCUUCCGGGAGACAGGCCAGGUGCUAAAACUGCGCUAUGACUUGGCUGUCAAGGUAUCCAGUGCCACCAAUGAGGCUCUGGGCCACCUGGAGCUGUGGGCACCUGCCGAGUCAGGUGGCCCCACCAAGAGUCUGGCUCCACGGCCUGGGGACCUGGUCUACAUGGAAGACUCCCCCAGCUUCUGCCGGCCCAGCAAGUAUUCCCCAGGCACAGCUGGCCGGGUGUGCUCCCGGGAGGCCAGCUGCAGCAGCCUGUGCUGUGGGCGUGGCUAUGACACCCAGAGCCGCCUGGUGGCCUUCUCUUGCCACUGCCAGGUUCAGUGGUGCUGCUAUGUGGAGUGCCAGCAGUGCGUACAACAGGAGCUCGUAUACACCUGUAAGCGCUAGGCACCGCACCGUGAGCCAGCCCGUGCUGCUGGGACCUUGGUGGCCCCUUGUGGCAGGUACACACGAUGUGCAUGUGAAUACUGAUGGGCAUGCUUGUGCACA